AUGUCGUGGCGCAAUACGUAUUUCCUGCCGGAAGAAGUGUCAAGUCACAACACUCGUAGCGAUUGUUGGAUGACAAUAUACGGAGUGGUAAAAAACGUCUCCGGACUGAUCGAGGAGUUCGGACAUGACGUAGAUCUCGUUAAUCCGAUACUUCGAGAAGGCGGGAAAGACGUAUCCUACUGGUUCGAAAUGAAUGAACUCGGUGCAAUUAUCUUGAAAACGCAUCUUCACCCCGAAACUGGUGCCCGUGUAUCAUUAAUGCCAUUUAGGAUACCCCACGAGCCGAAAUUCGAACCGGACGUGAACUGGGAAUCUGAUAUAUGCACGACGCCGUGGUGGGCGGACGACAAAUAUAAUGUUGGUAUGGAGACGGUCAGACCUAUCAACGUCCAAGUUAUUAAUCCGCUCAUAAAACGGAGUGUGACGAUAAAGAUAUGUUUGGAGGAUACCGUUCAGCGGAUAAUGGAACGUUAUUCAGUGUACAAUCCAAAAAUAUGUACCUAUAUAGUGAAGUAUUUAGGCAAUCCAUUAAAUACAAAUUUGAACUUGACACAAAAUGGCGUCACUCUGAAAUACGAAGACUCCGUUGAAGAUUAUGUGCCAACGUUGAUAUUAUACUAUCAAGAGAGAUUAGCCCCGUGGCACGAUGUAUAGGAAAACA